UUAUAGCAUAAUAAAACAACAAUAUACAACAGUGAAAUUGUUAAAGCAUUAAAAACAGUAAGCGUUCAAAUUUAAAACAUUAUAAACAUUAACAAAAAAACCUAGAUAAAAAGGAUUUUAAAAAUUUCAGUGAGAAACUGUUUUCUUUCCAAAACCCUGCCGAUCAUUUGAUUGCCCUGAAGACCUCUCGUUAUUUGACUGACAGGAAAGAUUACAAAACAGCCUGUGAAGGAGAAAAAAGCAAUCAUUUCUGUCUUUUAAGCCUUCCUCACAAAGUUCUGGUCUACAGAUGAUAAAGCCAAGCUGGUUUAGCUUCUUCAGUUCCACUUCUUGGAUGAGAAGUGAAACGUUUUCAAGGAAAAAGCCAAGGAAGUCCUGUUGCCUUUUGGAAAAGCAUUUCUGGUGCAACCUUGGCCUGGAUGAUUGAGAAUCUCCAUUGACACUUCCUAGAACUUUCCAAUAAAGAAGACCAUGUGAGUGUGGUAUCAAGGUGUUCAGCUGAAUGCACUAAAGGACAUUAGAGAUACAGUAGAUACUAGAACUGAAACUCUUUUUGACCUUCCCACUUUUAGGGAAGAAGAGAUAAUCUCCCACUGAUUUGAACAUAAGUACAGCUGUAUUAUUUGACUUGAAUACAGCAAACUCUCCUCCAAAUCCAUGCAGACAGGGAGAAAAAGGAAUUGGGCCACUUUCACCCUCAUGAGCCCUACAUACAUUCUACUGAUGGACCUUCUGGACGGCCUGUCCCAUAUGUAGAAAGAAUGUGAACGUGAAAAGAUGGCAAAGCCAAAUCUGAUUGUGUACACCUACUUUUUUAUCUUCCUUCCUUUUACUUCUUCAGAAAGUGGCUCUGGGUCGGAAACAUCUAUAGGAUAUGGUACUUGUGUGGACGAUGAGCAAGAAAGCAGCUUUAAGUGUUUCACUCAAAUGCCAGUAUUCGAAAGCACUUUCGUAAUUUGUGAUGCUACUGGGACAGAGAUGAACCUGAAUGAGACAAAUGCCAGUUUUUCUGUGUAUGAGACUCAACCCCGACCCUGCUUCAUGAAAAAUCACCUUGUCGGCAAUUGUUCUAUAGACAGCAUGGAUCUUAUUGGUGAUUUGGAUGUUUGCUUGACAAUCACUUUGACCAAUCCUUGCAAAAACUGCCGGAAAUUGAAAGCUGUUCAUAUCGUUAAACCUGAAGCACCUUUUGGUCUAAAUAUCACCUACCAGGAAAAAGCAAAUGAGUAUCUUGUUCAAUUCUCAACGCCACAUGUAGGAAACGCAUUCCUUGCAAACAAAUUAAUACAUCAGUUAGCCUACCGACAAGAAAAUACAAACUGGACUACCACCGAAUCUAAUUUUGUUAGAUUAAAACUUCUGGGGAAGGAAUUUGAGCCAGAAGUAAUAUAUGAGAUGAAAGUUCGGUCAAGGCCCAAUGGAAAGUAUUACAAAGGCUACUGGAGUGACUGGAGCUCAUCCCAAUAUUUCAAAACUUCAGCCAGAACAUCAAGCGGAAUAAAGCUAAGAUUUCUUUCCUCAGAUAAAGUUGUCCUGAUCACUGUAUCCAUUGCAAGCUUCUUCGUGCUUUUUGUUGUAAUUCUUCUGGUCCCAAUAUUUUGGAAAAACAGGAUCAAAGCAAUUGUUUGGCCCACCAUCCCUAACCAUAAAAAAACUCUGGAUAAAUUCUGCCACAAACUAAGAAAGAACUCCGACGCCAGUUUCUUUAACCCUGAGAGUUUGGGAUAUGUUGACAUCCAUAAGGUGGAGAGCAUUCAGGCUAAAUCAGAAGUCACCCACCUUCAGCCCCCAUCAUAUAAUCUGGAUGCAGAGACUGAGGAUUUGGUGGAACCAAAAAGUAACUUCAACCAUAUUCAUCAUGGAUGGUUGAAGCUCCCUCUGGCAUAUGAAGGAAUGUGGUCAACAGAGAUGAAAGACAAGCUCUACGGUGGAAGUGAGAACAUCUCUGACGAUCAUUCACUUCUCAGCAUCAAUUUAUACAAUGAGGGCAGAAUUGCCGACCAACACGGCUGGAACAGCAAUGAUCUGUGUAAAUAUUCCAUUGUCCCAAUGGACCACAUUUUCCCCCCUGAAUUAAAAACAGGCUCUUGUGACCACACUUAUUCCAAUGGGGAGACCAGGGUAUUAAAUAAAGAAGAAACCUACGUCACAAUGGCAAGCUUUUUUGAAAAUAAGGGGCUCUAAGAAUGCGUUUUCAAAAGGCAACUGGACUUCGUUUUUCCUUGAAGAUGUUUCAUUUCUCAUUUAAGAAGCUUCUUCAAAACAGAUUUAAAGAAGCUUGAUGAGAAAUGAAACAUCUUCAAGCAAAAACAAAGAAAGUCCAUUUGCCCUUUGAAAAAGAGACAACCCUGGAUGACUGAGAAUCUCCACAGACAUUAUUUUCUGAAGUUAGUUAAGAUUCAGAACAAAAUGAAUUAUUAGGAAUUAAUUUUCCUAAUUAGGAAUUAAUUUUCUAUCUACUGCUAUUUUUAUCUGGCUUCAAGAACCCAGGUCUGAAUGACUGGAUAGGAAUUAUGACGGUGCAGAUAUUGGAGAAUUUCCACAUCUUCCUUAUUAUGAUUCAGCAGUAAUCAGACAAUGCUGGAGCACUUGAUCUUGUGGAUGUAUCUUGUGAUUCCUGACCGUUUAAUGAAAAAUAAAACUGGCUGAAUUGGAGCAAAGUCCAGCAAUGUAGCAUCCUUUUUUCCAGAGUAACUAGGAAGAAGCUCUGAACAUUCAGAAAAGGGACAAUAGUGUAGUCCAUCCUCUUUGCUGCUCCCCAAUAUUUGCUGCUCCCCAAGAAGUUCUAUGUUGUUAUUAGGAUUGGUAGAUUUUUCUCCUGUCUUAAUUUGAGAACUUCCCUCCUUAAGGCCACUCCAUGUCUUGGUCCAUACAGUGCCUUGUGGAUAUGAAUAAUAUAAACUGUAUGUUAUGUGAAGUAGUAUUUUAUUUUGCCUGUAAUAAUAAUUUCAUAAAACAUUAUUCCACCAGUAUGUCUAUAUUACUAGCUAUAGUGAUCAGUUCAUCAAUAUAGUGCCUUCCCCGACCUUUUGAGCAUCAGGGACUGGUUCUGUGGAGAGAGGUUUUCCUGUGGACCGGGUGGGGUGGGGGUGGGGCAUGGUUUUAUGUGCUGCUUGCAUCCCGUGGAUGGGACUUUGCUUAUUUGUGCCGCCUGCUUUCUGGCAAGCCGCAGGCCAGGGCCGGGCCAGGGACUGGGGGUUGGGUACCCCUGCAUUAAUAUCUAUAACUAUUCCAGUUAACACUUGAAUUCCAUUAUAUAAUUUCACUGCUGCUUUUGAUUUAGCUUUCUCCAAGAAAUAUUCAAGGGAUGCUAAAACAAUUUUAAAAAUUUUUUUAUCAUGAUGUAUCCGAUAUUUUUUCAAUAGAUGUAUAAUCUUGCCUUGUACUUAUCAUGUUAUUCACUGCUAUGUUUCAUUUUUAUAAGGAGUGGUUUCAUAUGGUUAAUUUUUUAUUUUGAUGGAAUAAUAGUUAUGUUUGUAUAACUAUAAUAAAUGUCUUUGAAUUGGAUGCUGACGUGGCAUUUAAAUAAAGUCAUUAAGAAACAGUCAA